AACUUCAAGUUCAGAUUCCAUACCAAAGUUGGAAUGACUAGAGAUGAAGAUUUACUAACACAAAUAACAGAUCGCAGCUUCAGGUUUAGGUUCCAUACUGAGGUCAGACUACAAAGGAUGUGAGAAGCAAACCUCCAUCCAAGAGGCAAAGGUUACAUGUCUAUAUAUAAGGUUCAAGAAAUGGGUCCUUCAGAGUCCUUUCAACUUUUUAGUUGGCAUGCCUUCAAGAUGCCCUAUCCACGAAAAGAUUACCAGAAGCUUUCCAGUGAUGUAGUGAGUUAUGCUUGUGGGGUUCCAUUAGUUCUUGAAGUGGUGGGUUCUUAUCUAUCAGGAAGAAGCAUUAUUGAGUGGAGAAGUGCAUUGGAAAAAUUGAAAAAAAUUCCUCAUCCCCAGAUUCUGAAAAAACUUAGAAUAAGCUUUGACUCACUUGAUGAUGGUACAAUGGACAUAUUUCUUGAUAGUGCGUGUUUCUUUAUUGGUAUGGACAAAGACUAUGUAAGCAAAAUAUUUUGUGGGUGUGGUUUCUUUCCAGAUAUUGGUAUAAGCAUUCUUGUUCAAAGGUCCCUUCUGAUAAUUGAUUACAAAAAUAAGUUGAGGAUGCAUGAUUUGAUUCGAGAUAUGGCAAGGGAGGUUGUUCAUGAAGGGUCACCUCGUGAUCUCGGAAAACGUAGUAGGUUGUAUUCUCAUAAAGAUGUGUUAGAUGUACUAACGAAACAUACGGGAUCGGAAGCAGUAGAGGGUAUCAUAAAGAUGAGGGUUUGAAAACUAAAGCAUUCGCAAAUAUGAAGAAUUUGAUAUUGCUCCAACUCAAUGAUGUAUGCUAUGAGCAUCUUUCCAAAGAGCUAAGAUGGUUAUGUUGGCAUAAGUGUCCCCUCGAAUUUCUGCCUCCUGCUUUUGAUCUAGAGAACCCUGUUAUUCUUGACAUGCAACAUGGCAAAGUCAAACAAGCCUGGGAGGAGAAUAAAGUACAA